GCGUUCGGGAGGGUGCACGCGAGGGAGCGAACGAGAAGGCAGGCGGCAGGCUGGGCGUGAGGGUCCGGCUGGCUGGAAGGGAGCCUCCCCCUGACCCUCCUCCGUCUCCUCCUCCUCUUCCCACCACCACCACAGCAGUCUGGGCCUGGGCCGAGAGGCGGAGGCUUUCGGGAGAGCCCCCCCAAAGUUUGCAGAGCGGCUGUUGCGCUGGCGGCAAUGUGGCUGCUAUGGCUGUUCCUGGGCUCGGCGGAAAGCCAACUCCAACUGCCUUGGAAUAAUUUCACAAAUGAAUGUAAUAUUCCUGGAAAUUUCAUGUGCAGUAAUGGACGCUGUAUCCCAGGAGCCUGGCAAUGUGAUGGGCUGCCGGACUGCUUUGAUGAAAGUGAUGAGAAGGAAUGCCCAAAAGCAAAAUCUAAAUGUGGGUCCACCUUCUUCCCAUGUUCCAGUGGGAUUCAUUGUAUCAUUGGCCGUUUCCGAUGCAAUGGUUUUGAGGAUUGUCCUGAUGGCAGUGAUGAAGAAAAUUGUACAGCAAAUCCUUUGCUGUGUUCUACUGACCGAUUUCACUGUAGGAAUGGCCUGUGCAUUGAUAAAAGCUUUAUGUGCGACAACCAAAAUAACUGCCAGGACAACAGCGAUGAAGAAAGCUGUGGAAAUUUUCAUGAAAUUGACAGUAAUCAGAAUUAUGUGACAACAGAGCCUCAGCUGAUCUUCUAUCCCAGCGUUACCUAUGCAAUCAUUGGCAGCUCUGCUAUUUUUGUGUUGGUGGUGGCCCUCCUGGCCCUAAUUUUGCACCAUCAGCGAAAACGCAACAACCUCAUGACACUUCCUGUACAUCGACUGCAGCAUCCUGUCCUCUUGUCUCGUCUCGUCGUCCUUGAUCAUCCUCAUCAGUGCAAUGUCACUUAUAAUGUUAACAAUGGGAUCCAGUAUAUGUCUACCCAGGGAUAUCAUAGACCUCCAGAUUUAGAUUCACCACCAUCUUAUUCAGAAGCUGUGCUAGAUCAAAGCAGACCCCCCUGGUUUGAUCUUCCUCCGCCUCCAUAUUACUCAGAAACAGGAUCCCGGAAUCACUUAGAUCUUCCUCCAUAUCGUUCUCGAACUGGAAGUGUGGUAAGCACAGAUGCUUCAGAGGCCAGAGGUCCAGACAUUUUGGAAAGCAGUCCAUCAAGAAACCUUUUUACCAAUAUGGGACAUCACAGUACACUGUGUGAAAUUACAGCCGAGCAAAGUGACUCUCUGAUCAAUUCAGUUUCUGUCUGAAAACUGUAAACAAUUAUUUAUGCACAUUUUUAUGGAUGUCUGCUUGAACUUGUACUGAGAUUAAGAAGUCCCAAAUCUUUUGGCCUUUUUCUACUCGAUGAUUGCAAGUGUUUUUGUGAAAGGAACAAGAGCUAUAUGCAUUGCCAUUAAACAACUUCCCUCAAUCGUUUCAAGGGAGAAUGAGCAAGAAAAGGUGCCAGUGGCCUCAGUCAUGCUAGAUUUAACUACUGAAUUAUGAAGGUUGAAGCACUUGAGAACAACAGUUCAUUGUCACUUCCUCUCUGUCAUAACAUGCUGUUAAAGCAUAUCGGGUAUUUACUAGAAUUCAUGUACUGAAAUCAAACUUAUGUACAUACACACGUGUCUCAAGACAUGCCUGUGUUUCAAAUGAACUUUAUUGCUUUUUAAAAAAAUUCUUAUUUAUGAUUGUAAGAAUGUAUAUAAAAAUAAUAGUAAAUGAGACUUGCAUUCAUGCAAGUAUUGAACUGUAUUGCUGAUGGCAUCUGGAAGUCCACUUCUUUCAAUAGAAAAAUAAAAUUCUGAAGGGUCAUCGGAAAUAUCAUCUGUACAGUUUGACCUAUGUUGUGUUUAAAUCACAAGCUCUGCUAUGGAGUAAACUAUUAUUACUUCAGUAAGAAAAAAUAAUAUAUUUUUUGAUGGACAGGGUUAAAAGGAUUUUAAGCCACCUAAACAUUAAUGGAAUUUGAGCUGACACUACUGACUAGGAGACAAAUCUUAGAGUCAUGGUGGGUGGUUCAGUGAAGAUACCAACUAGGUAUGCAGCUGCUGUUACAAAAGAAAAUUAAAUGAAAAGGAAUUCUGUCUUUGGAAUCAUUAGAAAGGGAAUUGACAUAGAAUUGUUGAUACUAAUGUCCUUAUAUGCUGUAUAUCCAUGUUGUGGUUACACUUAGAGUAUUGUUUGUGGUUCUGCUCACCCAACAUAUGAAACCAAUACAGAGCUAUAAAAGGUACAAAAUGGACAAUAGAAAUGAUUUGGGAGUGGAAUUGCUUCCCAGCAAGAAGAAACUAUAGCUUGAAAUGAAGGAGGGUAAAGGAAACAGAAUAGAAGUCCACAAAAUCAUUCACAAUAUAGGUAAGUGAUC